AUGAGUACAGAAUUUAGCGAGAAUGGAAAGUCUGAUUCUUCUGAUUCAAGCAAGAAUGGGCCGCUAGAAAUUGACAAGUUGGAAGCGCGGGAACUGGCGAAACACCGUCUACGUCAAUUGACAGAGAGUAAUGAUGAAUAUCGUUCUCUUUACGACUGUUUUUUGCAAUGGCAUUAUCUUAUUGUUUCUGUUUGUGGUGUUGUGGCUCUUUUUGGGAUUACUAUUGCAAUUUUGAAGCUUAUGGAGAAGGAAAUUUUGUUAGACGUAUUUAGAUUGUUACAAUCUUCUUUUGCUUCUAUCAUUUCUGGGGGUAGUAUUAUUGCGCUUGGAAGUAGUUAUUUUUUUUUUGAUAAUGAUAAAGAUGAAUCCAAAAAUGAACCCAAAGAUGAGGUCAUUCAACUUUGUAUGAAAGGAGAUUUGGGAGAAAAACUAGAAACGACAACUAUGACAUUGCGAGAGAAAAGGAAUGAUCUGGAACAAGCGAUGUCAUGGCAAUCUAUAUGGGCUAUACAUGCUUCUAUUGUUGUUCUUCUUCUUGUUGGGAUAGAUUAUUUUGGGCUACUACCUGACAUUAAAUAUCUUGAUGUUGGGCUAGAUUUUCUUCUUAGUUUGACCGGGAUUUAUUAUUUGUUCUGUCUUCUGGAAAGCGAUGAGACUCGGAUAUGGACGAUUAUUUUUUAUUUUUUUAGACCCUAUGCCUCUAAGGAUAGGAAUUGGAUAAAGGAGGUUUAUUUGUCGCGAGACGAGAAAGUUGAAAUUGCGUAUCUUCUUCGUGGUUUAGAUCCGGAUAUAUCUCUUUUAAAAGUUAAAAAAUUUAAUGAAGAGUUAAACGAGAAUACACCGCUCCAAUACAAUAAAAAGUCAGUCGACGAUAAAUCUAAAUCUUUUAUCGAGUCAGUUAAUGAUAUCGAAUUCAAUGCAAAUCAACAAAUUUUUGAAGAAUAUUACAACCUUGGAGAAGCGCUUGAAAAAUGCUUAAGAGGCAAUGUCUCUCCUGGAUAUUCUCAAAGACCUGAGUACAAAGAGAUUAUAGAAAAAUUUUCAUUUAUCAAGUCCGACGUAGAAAAAAUUCUUAACCAUUAUAUUGAUUUCUACAACAGCGGAAGUGGACUUACGCUUAAAAAGUUUUUUGCUAAGUAUCCUAAACAAAAGCAUAAAAAUCUGUCUGAUGAAGAGAUUUACGUUGCUCACAAUGCUCUCAAAGUCUACUGCAUUUUCAAUAAGAUUGACAAAGGUAAAAUCGAGAAGUUCAAAAAAUUCCCCGCCCACUCUAUUGGGAAAUUCACCAGAAAUGAGAUUUUUGAAAUUAUAGUUGAAGUUGAAAAAAAAAAAAAAUAACGAGUAAACGUUGAACUUUGAGUGGAGCUUAAAGUAAUUGCUAAGCUUAACAAAAGAACCUUUUUACAAUUAGGUAACUACUACUUCGUCAAUUGUCAUGCAAUUGUCGAUCAUUUUCUGACUUGUUAAUAAUAAUUUGAUAUUGUAACCUCGGAAAUUAAUAUCAAAUCUAAUAAAUCUAAUAAAUAAAAAUCAAGUUUGUAAUCUAUGUAAGCAGGUUUAAAAUUGAAAUCCGUAUACACUGUAGUAACA